AUGAGUUGGCUUCAGCGUUAUGAUGCGAAACCAGUCUCUCCGAUUCCCGCUAUCGCCGAACUAGACAUCGAACGGAACGAGUUGGCUCACACCUGGAAACGCUUCAUCAGCUUACUCGUCCCACAAGACCAAGUCGAGUUUGAGGAGCGACCACAGACCGGACAAGAUGUACAGACUCUGUUGGAAAAUAUUAAGACUUUUUGGCAAUCGCGACCACGGAAUAGAGUCUUUAGCGACUCCAUGGACUUGUGCGAUCGACUCCUACCGACCAUAGACACCCACGCGACUCUCCUUGCCACCGUCCCCGACUCCCAGUCUUACUAUACCCCUUUGCUAUAUGGCGUACUACAGUCGGCGAUCAAGGCAUCCUCACACUACCCGCGAGUGAUGGAGGGCCUAGCCACUGCUCUACUGAACAUCCACGACGCAAUCGGCCAACCCGAUCCCAGCUCACUUCAAAAUGCCGUGGAACCGAUCGCGAAAACUUACACUUUAAUAUUCUUCUUUCUGACCGAGUUCAUGGACUGGUAUGUUCGACGGUCUACGUGCCAACUACUGAACAUCCAUAGCCAAGAUGUCUACUCGGAAUUUCACCACUUGAUCAUCUUCACACAACGCCAGGCCCAAAGCCUUCCCUGGCAGCACGAGGAUACCGACAUGGAAGAGGAAGACUCGGAUACGUAUAGUGCCCGGGCGCUGUGGGAGGAAGCCCGACUGAGCCAAGUCGGGCGCCGAGGAACGGAGCGUCGGAUUGCUGCCCAGAACACCAUCACCCGGCGACUCUUGUGGGAGAUUCAACAGGAUGCAGAGGAACGUGCCCGGUAUCGGGAGGGUCGGGAUCGGUUAUUGGCAGAGACGUUGAGCUCGGUGCGCGAGCAACUAGAGCCCGUCAGCGAACAGAGCACUGGCAUUGUCUGCAUGACCACGCCCCCUGCGCCUAAUAUUGACACAUCAUCCUUUGAAUGGUCCAGGGGAUCCAAGCGUCGUCUAGCACGACUCGAGAUUCAAAGUUCCUCCAAACAUCUGCAGGAUUUCUUCGACAGCGAUGAUCAAAUCUGCGACUAUGAGCCAGAUGUCAAAGUGGUCGCCGAAGGAAGCGUUGUCGCUUCUCUUCAGCAAUGGGCUACUAGUCCACGGUCUCAAGCCCUGGCAGUGGGCGGAACCCAGCCUCCUUCGUCCAACAACCCGGUCGCUCUGAUCUCAGCCUGCUACGCAUCGUUCGCCCGUCAAGCGCGAUUACCUGUGGUCUCUCACUUCUGUGCCUUGCCCACCCAAGAGGUCAAAGGACUCAGUCUCCAGCAGCAGGGGCUAGUCGCCCUCACCUACAGCGUGAUCCGACAGUUGAUCGACUGGCUUCCCCCAGUGGUAGACAGCGACGCCGUGCUAGACCUCAGCGCAGAGCGAUUCCGCCAACUAGACGGAACCCUCACGAGCUGGAAAGCAGCGCUGUCGCUCGUCGACACGCUCCUCCAAUCCGCCCCACCUCUCCUCGUCUUCAUCAUCGAUGGCCUAGAUGCCAUCCAUGACGCGGCCACAGAUAGCGCCAUCCGCGACCUGGUCCGCGUCUUACUCACCCACACCCGUCGCCAGCCCCAGGGCGGUCUCAACGGAGGUCCAACCCUCCUACUGAAAGUUCUCUUUACCGUCACGGGCCGACCCAGCGCACUGGUCGAGACGAUGUCCGAGCACCAACUUAUCCUCAGCGAGGCCACGGACCAACGCCCCUCCGAACCCGUUCUCAAAUCGGAUCUCGGAGUCAUGAUGAAUGCAUGA